UCCGGGUUUGGAGAGUGAAUCGGAUGGGCGGUGAUGGGCGGGGCUUCGGAGGGUUGGAAUUUUGGCGGGUGAUUGGGAGGAAGCGAGCAGAUGGCGCGAAAGGAGAAGGAAGGAGGAAGGCAGCUGUAGAAGUCAACAGUUCUUUUGUGAAGUCUCUGCUGGUGCGGCUCAUAACAUGGAUGACAGUGAUAAUUUAAAUCUAUUGGCCUCCCUCUUGGAGGAAAAUGAGGCAGCUGCAGAGCCUGUACCUGGAGAGAAGAGCACGGAUACUGAGGCUGUGGCAAGUGAUCCCGAUGACUAUGACAAGCUCUUUGAUGAAGAAGAUGAUGAGUCCUACACUGAAGAGAUGGAGGGCGGUGAAGGGGAAUCCAGUGGCCAUGAGGAAAGUGUGGCUGAGUUGUUUGGAGAUGUGGGAGACCUCUCAGAAGAGGAGUGGGAGCGGGAGCAGGAGAAGGACCCUAUGCCAGGAGCACCUCUUUCCUCGGCUGUUGAUCAAGCAAAGGAGGCCACCAAUCAAGCCCUGCAAGAUGAGUUGAGAAAGUUGCAAGCGCAAAUGAAGAAACUGCAGGAACAAUUAGAAAUGACUGCAAUAGCGCAACCAGUUAAUGCUGGCCCUAGCAGGAAAUCUUCUGAUAAAUUGCCUGCUGCCCUCAUAAAAGAACAGAAGCCUCCAAAACUUCAAGAAUCACCUUGCUUUUCAGCCCAGCUUAACAAGCCUUCUUUCCCAUCCACCAAAACCCGCAAGCCAACUUCCCUUUCUGGGAAUCAAAGCCAGGUUUUAAAGCCAUCUCCAGGUUUGUCAUCUCAGCUUCCCAAAUCUGUAACUGGGAAUAGACCCAGUGUCAACGUCAGUCAGGUAUCUCAAGCGCCAAAGAGUUCCAGUGUAAAUAAUAAUGACGUCUCCUUGGAAAUCUACUCAGGGCUAAGGUUAAGAAAACCCCGUGUAUCUUCAGUUGAGAUGGAAAGAAAAAUGUCUGGCCGAAAGUUUAUUAAACUUUCUCAAUUACAAGACAAACUUACUUCAUUGAAUCUGGAGGAAACAGACUGGGUGACAUUUGGAAUUAUAAUAAAGAAAAUCACUCCUCAGAGUGCCAAUAAUGGGAAAACAUUCAGCAUCUGGCGGUUGAAUGACCUACGUGACUUCAGUCGAUGUGUCUCGUUGUUUCUGUUUGGGGAUGUUCACAAGGAGCACUGGAAGACAGACCAAGGCAUGGUCAUAGGCCUGCUCAAUGCUAAUCCCAUGAAACCAAAGGAAGGAUCAGAUGAGGUUUGUGUGUCAGUUGAUCAUCCCCAGAAAAUUUUGCUUUUGGGAGAGGCCAUGGACUUGGGAACCUGCAAGUCUAGGAAGAAGAAUGGAGAACCCUGUACACAGCUGGUUAACCUGAAUGAAUGCGAGUAUUGCCAGUAUCAUGUUCAAUCCCAGUAUCGAAAGCUCAGUUCAAAGCGAGCAGAACUUCAGUCAACUUUCUCUGGUAACCGGGUUCCAAAAAGGACAGCGAAGAAGAACCCUGGCUUAAAAGAAAGGCUUUGUCAGGAUGGAUUUUACUAUGGAGGCGUUUCCUCAGCUGCCUAUGCAGCUUCGGUUGCAGCAGCUGCCACUCCUAAAAGGAAAAUCCAAACCACGCUGUCCAAUUUGGUUGUCAAAGGAGCUGAUGCAGUUCUUCAGGAGACAAAGCAAAACCUAGGCUUGCCAAAGCGGUCUUUGUCUUGUUCAGAGGAGUUCAAAGAACUCUUGUCAGCGCCUUCUUUUGGAGCCCGAAAUCUAAAUAAACAUUUGGCCAAAGCCAAUGUGCCAGAUUCCAAUGGGAAGCACAGUCGAACUUUCCAUUCCAUCUCUGCUUCGGCCUUGCUGAAGCAACAAAAGCAGCAGAUGUUGGAAGCAAGAAAAAGGAAAUCUGAAGAGAUACAGAGGAGAUUUCUCCAAAGUACAAGUAGGGAAAACAUACCAGUAGUACCGUCAUCCUUGGGACCAUCUGCACUACGGUCUCCUGCUCCAGGGGCCGAGUUUCCUAAAGCUGCAAAACUGGCAAGCCCUCAAACCCCUCAACUUGGUAGAGGCUUCUCUGAAGGAGAUGAUGUCCUCUUGUGUGAUGAUUUGCCUGCUCCAGCACCUAAGUUGAAUUCCUUGGCGGAAGCUAAAAAAAUGGCUGCUAUAAAUAAACUGCGAGCAAAAGGCCGGAUCCUUUCUAAAGAUGACCCAAACAGUAUCAAGCGAAAACGAUCCGAUCUUGAUAUUUCUGAGAAAGUUGAAAAAAGUAUGUCUGUUUCAGAAGACAGUGAUGCCACUACAGAACCUUCAGGAAAAAAACAACGCCAACAGCGUGCAUACCUAGAGUCUGAUGAAUUUCAAGAGAUCCUGAAUGCUAAGUCAAAACACAUGGGCGUCCUUAAGGAGUUUGAGGCUGAGUUGCAGGAACGUUAUUUUGAGCCCUUGGUAAAAAAGGAGCAGAUGGAAGAAAAGAUGAGGAACAUCCGAGAAGUGAAAUGUCGUGUCGCAACAUGCAAAACUUGUAAGUACACCUAUUUCAAACUCCUGGAUUCCUGCGUGGAGCAAAAUCACGACUACCACUGGCAUGAUGGAGUGAAACGAUUUUUCAAGUGUCCCUGUGGAAACAGAGCCAUCUCGCUGGACAAACUUCCCAAAAAACACUGCAGCAACUGUGGCCUUUUUAAAUGGGAGCGUGAUGGGAUGCUGAAGGAGAAGAAGGGUCCCAAAAUUGGUGCCGAAACUCUUUUACCAAGAGGAGAAGAACAAGCCAGAUUUCUCAACAGCAUGAAGUAAUUGUGAAAAGUUCUUGCUCCCCCUUGGACUUGUCUUUCCGGUUUAUCUCUGGUUUCCUGUAAAGUUCAGUAACUGAAAUAGAGGACAAGUAUUUUGUCACCUAAAAUACUGCAUCAUCUCUCUUCCAUGAAGACUGGGGAGUCUUUUCUGAUUUCUUUAUUUGGCCAGAAAUUUUCAAGUGGAAUUAGAAGUCCAGGUCUUUAGAACUGCGGCAUAAAGCUGAGGAUCUACAGCUCAGACAGUGACUGUAUAGUCUAAGAUUACCUCAGAUAUUUUCCAGAAAUGAUCCCGAGCCUUGAGAACAGUGUUUCAUAAUGCCUGAAAAUAUGGUGCUUCUCAAAGAUGGGGUUUUAUCUAGAUUUCUAAAACUGGGAACAAAUUGUAUCAGUGUUGGUAAUGUGAUUAUUGCAUCAGCACAGGUUUUUAAAUGGAGAGCUUCCUAAAAGAAAACGCUUUUACAAUCUUAAAUUAUAAUUUUGGUAAGGCAAGAGACUUUGUUUUAUUAGGGGUUUUUUUCAAUUUUUUCUCCAAAUAAGAUUUUUAAAAAGUUUUUAUGCUGCUGUCAUGCCUAGAUACUUUUAUUAUUGGUGUAGAAGGCACAUGCCAUAGUAUUCCCUUCUACAGAACAAGCCUGACAGACCUUAUUUUAUUUUUUCUAAGUGGUGGUUUUUCUGGGAAUAGUAUUUCUUCCUAAGCACAGCAAGAAGCUGCGGGAUACCCAAAAUUAGAAUACAUCCUUGUGUGAAAGAGAAUUUAUACUUCAUAAAGCAAUACAUUUAUUUAGUCCUAGAUUGACUGUCCUGUUUUAUUUUGAUACACAAUUUGAUUUUGUUAAUCUGUGUUAUGCUUUUAUGAAGUUCUCACUCUUGUGUAUUUCACCAGUUACUUACUAAUUUUCUUCCCAUUAAUUUUGCCCAAAUGUACUAUGUAGGCCAACAUUGUUUCCUGGUUAAUUAACAGGUUGUUCUAAUUGCUGAAAUGCAUUGAGGAUUGUAAAUAUUUUGCCAUAAUACUGUGAUUAAAAUGCUUACCAACUA